AUGGUGCCGCUAGGACCCGGGCCUGGCCAUCCUACCGCACACCAAACUCACGGCGGGCCCUCUACCAAUUUAUCCGGCCCGAAUUCGUUAUCACAAAGUACUCCGCAAUCGAACAAGUCGUCAGUGGCGAAGCCGAAUUACACAUUAAAAUUUACUCUUGCGGGACACACAAAAGCGGUGUCGUCAGUUAAAUUCAGUCCUAAUGGAGAAUGGCUGGCAAGCUCCUCUGCUGACAAACUUAUUAAAGUGUGGGGUGCCUAUGAUGGCAAAUUCGAGAAGACUAUUUCGGGACAUAAAAUGGGUAUCAGUGAUGUGGCCUGGUCUUCAGACAGCAGAUUGAUAGUCAGUGCAAGUGAUGACAAAACAUUAAAAGUAUGGGAGCUUAGUUCAGGCAAAUGCUUAAAGACUUUAAAAGGACACAGUAACUAUGUUUUUUGUUGUAACUUCAAUCCGCAAAGCAAUCUUAUUGUAUCUGGAAGUUUUGACGAAAGUGUCCGUAUAUGGGAUGUGAGAACAGGCAAAUGCUUAAAGACUUUACCAGCUCACUCAGAUCCAGUUUCAGCAGUUCAUUUUAACAGAGAUGGAAGCCUUAUUGUCUCAUCCAGUUACGAUGGUCUAUGCCGAAUUUGGGACACAGCUUCAGGACAAUGCUUAAAAACACUUAUAGAUGACGAUAAUCCACCAGUUUCCUUUGUCAAAUUCUCCCCUAAUGGAAAAUAUAUUCUUGCUGCAACUUUGGACAAUACAUUAAAAUUAUGGGACUAUAGCAGAGGAAAAUGCCUUAAAACAUACACUGGACAUAAAAAUGAAAAAUAUUGUAUCUUUGCUAACUUUAGUGUUACUGGUGGAAAGUGGAUAGUUUCUGGAUCGGAAGAUAAUCUGGUAUAUAUUUGGAAUCUGCAAUCAAAGGAGAUAGUUCAACGGCUUUCUGGGCACACUGACACAGUGCUGUGCACAGCAUGCCAUCCCACCGAGAAUAUUAUUGCAUCAGCAGCAUUGGAAAAUGACAAAACUAUCAAGCUUUGGAAAAGUGAUACU